AUGGCAAAGCCUCGGGAGAGAAUGCCAGCUGUAGAGCUCAGUUCUGCAUUUCAGAAAAAGGCAAAUCUGGAAUUUCAGAGGCUGAGGGAUACAGUAGCAAGAAAUUUGAAAGAGGAAAUGCUUGGAUUGCUGGAGGAUGAGAUACAUUCCGAUCUGUUGAUCACAAAUGGGAAAGUUUCAGUGAGAGCUCACAAGUGCAUAGUACAAGCUAGGUGCAGGCAUUUAUGGCAGGAGAACUGGCUGACCCAGAUACUGGACCCUGACAGCGACUCAGAAAUAAGCUGUUUAGAGAUGACAGGACUUAGCAGUGACCAGCUGGCUCAAUUUUCACAACUUACACACGGAACAGGAGCAGAGCUCACUAACUUGCUGUUACAUCCUGAGGUGGUUUCCUCCAGUGUUUGUUCAGCUAGUGAUUUGGUGGAGUCACAACUUACACACGGAACAGGAGCAGAGCUCACUAACUUGCUGUUACAUCCUGAGGUGGUUUCCUCCAGUGUUUGUUCAGCUAGUGAUUUGGUGGAGCCACAACUUACACACGGAACAGGAGCAGAGCUCACUAACUUGCUGUUACAUCCUGAGGUGGUUUCCUCCAGUGUUUGUUCAGCUAAUGACCUGUUGGAGCCACAACUUACACACGGAACAGGAGCAGAGCUCACUAACCUGCUGGUACAUCCUGAGGUGGUUCACUGUAGUGUUAGUUCAUUUAGGGACUUAGAGACACCACUGCUGUUACAUGAAGUGAGUGGUUGCAGUAUCUUGGAUAAGGACAGGCUUGAGUUGUUGGAUUAUCUCCAGCUAGAAGCAGAGAUAGUGAAUUCAGCAGAUGAUACUUCAGUUGACACUUGUGUAGGUCAGGAUUUCUUGAACUUAGAUGUAUCAAAAAGUUUAACCGACAAUGCUGGAAAAAGAAAUCAUGAGGUUGAAGAUGGAUACUUGCGGAUGACCAGUCAGAUUCUGACAGAACCUUCUGAACCUGUUAGCCAUGAGAAGACACCCCUCUGUGAUUUAGUGACAUCAGAUGCUGCUCCAGAUGAAUAUAAAACCUGCAGUCCACUGGGCAGGGAUUUGUUAAAUAUGUACUUACACAAAGACAACUGUGAUUGUUGUUUGUCGGUGGACGGUGUCCACUUCAUGGCUCACAAAUGUGUCCUGUCUGCCCGUUGUGAAUAUUUCUUGGCCAUGUUUGGGGGGCAGUGGUCAGAGAGCCAGAUGGCGACAGUGAACCUUGAAGCUGUAACCCCCCAGGCAGUCAAGCAGCUGUUGCUGUUUCUGUACGGUGGGGUCAUCAGUCUGUGUGUGCCCUCCAACCUGAAGGAGCUCUUCAUUAUUGCAGAUAUGUACGGUGUUCUGACUUUCAGGACAGUCCUGGCAUUCUACGUGAAGAAGGACCUCUGUCACUUCUUCCACAAACCAUGCCCAGCGUGUGUGACUACAACUUCCGAAGCUCUCGUUCUGUGCUACAACUUCCAUCUAGAAGACCUUCAGGCACGAUGCCUAAAAUGGAUAUCCAAGUAUUUCACAAAGGUGUGGCCAACAAAGACUUUCUCUGCACUAGAAGAUUCCAUCCACCAGUUAUGUUUUGAGAGUAUCUUGUCUGAGAUCACCCCAAGUAACGUCCUGGAUAUUAUAAUUGAGUGCAAUAAGUUAAUUUCAAGUCUACCUCGUAUCAAAUGGACGGAAACGGUUCUGUAUCUGGUGACAAGACUAAUGGAUGCCGCAAUCGAGUAUACAUCCUCCCACUUUGUGGAUGUUCUGAAAACAAAGGAGUUUUUACUCUGGGCCCAAGUAGCAUCAUGGAAAGCUUCUGUGCUGGAAGAAAUCUUGUACUCAGUUAUCAAUUCCCUUUCUGUGGGCACAGCUUGUCAAGUUUUUCAGACUUUGAUAAAACUAGAAGCGUUCCAUUCUAAUCCUGAGAGCUCAGAUGAAGAAAUAACUGCCUUGCUGCAGGCUAUGAUCAAAUGCUGUGAGAAGUUCUUCAGGACACACAUUCACCAUGUGACAAGAUCCAAGCAGUGGGCCGUGCUCCCUCAGCAGAUCCAGUUAAGGAUUCUAGAGAUCGCCUCCUAUGUCUACCUUCCUGAACCUCCUGGAAGCAUGUCUUCCAGAUCUGCUGCAAGUAAACUCCAGGUUGGGAAACAUGAGAGGACAUUACCCAUCGGAAUUACUGGAGCUCGCAACAGAUCUGCUGCAUCAUCUGGGGCAAUAUCUGCACCAACUAGAACUGGUUUAAUCUCGAAAACGUCCCCACAUUCUGGCAGACGCACAGAUAAAUCUCGGGAAACAAGAAUGUCCAGAAGCAUCUCAGAAUCAUCGCCAUCUAGAAGCCAGAAAAUCGCAAACUUGCUAAAGGGCACAGAGGUUAAAGUGAGAGCCAGCAGUAGAGAUAGACACAGGUUCGAUUCAUCUGUUCAGGCACGUAGUCUAGAUAGAAUUGACAGUGAAAAUGAAUAUCAUCUGUUUGAAGCCAAAUUAAUGUAUGCUAGAGUUCAAAACCAAAGAACGAUGCUACAAAAUGCAAGUCAUUUCGGCUACCAGGCAGUUUCACAGGGUUCACGACCAGGAGCAAAUAUUAUGUCCAAACUUGAUACAAAGAAAGGUGAAGUCUGCUCACUUCAAGACAGGGUGAGAGAGAAUGUCCUGGAAGCUGAAAGUCCAAUAAAUUUACAGCAGGUGAGUCAUUCUUUAAAGUUAACAUUGUCUUCUCAAUCAAAGCCUGGCAAUGGAGCAAAAAAGCUGUCACCGGUUGGACAGAAAAGUCACAUGACUUCUAAACUACCAACACUGAUUCGUUCACAGAGACAGACUCAGCAGCAGUCUGUCUGCAGCGCCCACGAAGAGGCACCGGCACCAGAACAUUCAUCUAGUUCAAGUAUUGAAAAACUACCCUCAGAAUCAUCAUCUAGUGCUAAUAAUGAAGUCAUUGCCUCAGACUGUGUGCUUCUUCAGAGCAACGAGGCAAUGCCAUCUAGUACAAGCAUUGAGGGUAUACCACCUGAAUUUCCAGCUUCUAACAACAGUGAAAUGACACUAUCAGAAAUGAUGCCAUCAGAAAUGAUACCAUCAGAAAUGAUACCAUCAGAAAUGAUACCAUCAGAAAUGAUACCAUCAGAAAUGAUACCAUCAGAAAUGAUACCAUCAGAAACUAUACUAUCAGAAAUUAUACCAUCAAAUACGGGAACCACAUCUUCACCAGUUAUUUCAUUUAGCACAGUCACAUCUGGUAAAGCCAACAUCUGUGUGAAAAACCCCAAAGAUAGGUCUGGUGUCUUGCCUGCAGCCUUACCAGCUGUUGACCCACUCUCUGAUCUACCCUCGAUCCUGCCAGAGCCAGCCAGUGCAUCAAACAAAGACAUCACUUUGAAUCUCAGUCAAGAUAGCAGUGAUCACCAUGUACAGCCAGCUGACUGUGUCAAUCAUCUACUCAACAAACUACACAAGGAUACCUCACACAGUAGCCCAGAAAACUCUGGCAGCAGCUCACAGCAGCUCAGCACUGCAGAUGUAAUUGCCACAUUGGAUUUCAAAAGUUAUCCUUCAGAUGUGAUCUUGUCUGAUAGAGUUAGUGAUGGCCACCUGGCAGCAGAUCUAGAAACACCAGAAGUUGAAGCAGAAGUGAAGAUUGUACAUAUGAGCAAGACUUUGAAUGUUGGGUUUAUUGUUCCCCCAGACUAG